GUUUUCUCCCAAAGCAAUGGCAACGUCUUCAUUGUACUGACCCUGGCUUUAAUUGUGGUUGUCGCUCUCUACGCUUUAUCCAAAUCGUCAUCACACUUUCAUCGCAUGAGGAUCUGCAAGAACCGCUCCAUCCUUCUGGUGUUUGUUGGCGUCCUCUUGGUCUACAUACUGUGCUACACCACCAUCUGGAUGCGGGCUUUCGAGUUCUCUGGUUCAUUCCACAAAACACUGCAGGAGGACAACCGAUCGGGAGCUGAUGGUAACGACGAGGACAGCAGUAACUUCCGACCAAUCAGCUCUUAG